ACAGCUAGAUAGGAGCCCGCACCCGGCAGGACGAGAGCAGCAGGCCUCCAGCCUGACUCGGGCCUACACAACACCAAACGGAUUUGUAUUCCUCACAUUGCCUCGGCGUCUUUACUAUUUGUGUCGUUUCGUGUCCUGCUACAAAAAAAAAGAGCGCUCGUCGAAAAUGAACACCAUGGAUAACCUGGAGAAACAGCUGAUUUGUCCCAUAUGCCUGGAAAUGUUUACAAAGCCUGUGGUCAUCCUGCCCUGCCAGCACAACCUCUGCAGGAAAUGUGCCAACGACGUUUUCCAGGCCUCAAACCCAUACCUUCCAACGAGAGGUGGCUCGCUGACGUCCGGCGGCCGCUUCCGAUGCCCGUCCUGCAGACACGAGGUGGUUCUGGACCGGCACGGUGUCUACGGGCUGCAGAGAAACCUGCUGGUGGAGAACAUCAUUGACAUGUUCAAGCAGGAGUCCAGCAGCAGCAGCAGCAAGCCGGCGCCCGAGAGAAAGGAAGAAACGCCCAUGUGUGACGUCCAUGAAGAAGAAAAGAUCAACAUUUACUGUGUGACCCAUGGCGUGCCCACGUGCUCCAUGUGUAAGGUCUUUGGAGCUCACAAAGACUGCGAGGUGGCGGCCAUCACCAGCAUCUACCAGUCAAAGAAGGCGGAGCUGAGUGACGGGAUUGCCAUGAUGGUGGGUAACAACGACAGAAUGCAAGGCAUCGUCAGUCAGCUAGAGGAGGCCUGUCGCGCCAUAGAGGAGAAUGGUCGGAGGCAGAAGACGCUGGUGUGUGAGAGGUUUGACCAGCUUUACUCCAUCCUGGAGGAAAAGAAGGUCGAGAUGAGUCAGAAGGUGACCGCCGAGCAGGAAGAGAAGGUGAAUUAUAUCCGAGGCCUGACCAGGAAGUACGGAGACCAUCUGGAGGAGAGCUGUAAGAUGGUGGAGUUGGGGAUUCAAACUAUGGAGGAGCCGGAAAUGGCUUUAUUUCUACAGAACACAAAGCCUCUCCUCAAAAAGCUUGCAGAAGCAUCCAGCACAGCGCACUUGGACAAAGUUGAGCGCGGCUACGAGAACAUGGAUCAUUACACGGUCGACUUCAAGAAGGAGGGCCUGGCCCUGCGCAGCCUGGACUUCCUCCAAGAUGACGAAGACGAGGACGAAGAGGACGAGGACGGAGAAGCCAGCGCGGAGGAAGGCGAGGGGCCCCCGGCUGCUCCUGCGGGCGGCGGCGGCGCCCCUGCCCCCGUCCAACCGGCCGCCCCCCCGCAGCCAAGUCCUUCCUCCCCGAGCGCCGCCUCGUCCUAGCCGAGAAAAAAACACCUUAUGCCAGACGUUGAUUUCGGGGUCAGUCGUGACCCUGUCCCCCCCGCCACCCCCACCCCACCCCUCGGAUUGGGGAGCAGGAGACAGAUUUAGAUCCGUGCCGAAGGGGAACUGUGAGUUGCAGAGGCAGAAGUUUCCCUUCUCUGUCUCACUCACGUUGGGAUUACAUGUCGCUGUGCGUCACUGCACACUGACGCGUCUGAAGUGCUUCUUGUCAGGUUGAACGCACAUUUUGGCACCUUUUCUUGCUUUCUUUUUUUGUUUUGACGUAGUGAAUGACAAGCAGGCUAUGGGUGGUCAGAUGCCAAAAAUUCAUAUAUUUUUAUUAUGGAGCUGACCUUUUGCGAUUCACUAGUUAGUCUCUAGUCUCCCUCCAGGUCAUUCUCGUCUUUUUUUAAUCUGGUAUAACUUUAUGAGUAGGGUAGACCAGUAAAAAACUGUCACUGUGACAUUUCAGUGUUUCAUACACUUUAAAGCCUAUAUUGUGUGUUUAAUGCUUUUUUGUGUGUAUGCCUUCCUACAUGGACAAAACAUCACGUUUUGAUAUGUAACAGUGUGUAAUAUAUUACCAUUAUCAUUCAAACUGAACUGUACAAACGCCUGAGGUAUUGUUGACGUAUCAAUAAAAACACAGCUG